UAAAUAAAGUCUUUCUGCCACUACAACGCCCCUGGAAACUCAGUGAGACAAACUUUUUCUCCUCCAGACCCGCACGACAGAUCCCAGCAGUCCCACCAUGUCUUUAAUCCAGACUUUAAUGCAGCAAACCGUCUAUCUGGGCAUGCCCGAUGACUCAGUCUUGAAGAGUGAGGGAACGGUGACCGCAGCACCCAAUUUUAGCCCCAGUGGAGAUGCAGCAGUCUUGGACAAGGCCAUCAAAACCAAAGGUGUGGAUGAGAACACCAUUAUUGAAAUUCUGGUCAAAAGGAGCAAUGAGCAGAGACAGCAGAUCAAAGAGGCUUACCAGCAGGCCAGUGGCAAGCCGCUGGAGUCAGCAUUGAAAAAUGCUCUGAAGGGAGAUCUGGAGGAUGUAGUGAUGGGUCUGCUGAAAACACCGGCCCAGUAUGAUGCCUGGCACCUGAAACAUGCCAUGAAGGGUCUGGGAACAGAUGAGGACACCCUGAUAGAGAUUCUAGCUUCCCGAAACAACAGACAGAUGACGGACAUAAAGAAGGUCUACAAGGAUGAAUACAAGAAGGACCUGGAGGAAGACAUCAGAUCUGACACCAGUGGAGACUUCAGGACCGCCCUUCUUGCACUCUGCAAGGCCGGCAGGACUGAGGGAGUUUGUGAGCAGCUGAUUGACAGCGAUGCCAGGUCUCUGUACGAGGCUGGGGAGGGGAGGAAGGGCAAAGACUGCUCCGUCUUCAUUGACAUCCUAACCAGCAGGAGUGGCCCUCAUCUUCGUAAAGUAUUUGAGAGGUACUCAAAGUACAGCAAAGUGGAUGUGGCCAAAGCUAUCGACCUGGAGAUGAAGGGAGAUAUUGAAAGUUGUCUCACAGCAGUAGUGAAGUGUGCUGGAAGCAGGGCUGCUUUCUUUGCAGAGAGGCUCUACUUGGCCAUGAAGGGUAAAGGUACCCGCAAAAAUAUCCUGACUCGCAUCAUGGUGAGCCGCUCUGAAAUUGACAUGAAACGGAUCAAGGAGGAGUACAAGAAAAACUAUGGCAAAACACUCUACCAGGAGAUUCUGGAUGACACCAAAGGAGACUACGAGAAGAUUCUGCUUGCUCUCUGUGGGCCUGAAAACUAACAGCCUGUCACCAGGAUCAAAUCUCAUACAUCUGAAGAUUCACCACAAUAUCCAGCUGUGGAAAAACCACCUGUGGAGAACUGACGAGACAGUCUGGCUUUGACUGUCAUGACAUUUAGUAGAUACAGCAGUGAGCAAAGAUUAACGUGAAGUUGGCACUGCUUUGGCAGAUAUUGUAUUUCCAAGUAAAUUCUUUUAUUCCAGCGUUUCUUCGUAGAUCUCACAGCUUUAUGCCAGUGGGCCUGUGCUCUAGACAGGCUUAGCUUUGCACUACCUAGAUUCCCUAUAUCUGAUGCUCAACGAGAAGCUGAAGUCAGUGAUCACAGUGCAGCUGCUAUCAGAUGUAUACAGAUCAUGUGCCAAUCAUUUAUUGGAAGCAUUACCCUUGAAGGAGCUUGAACGUUAUGCAAAUAAAAGCUUUUUUAUGAAGGCC